AUGGGCGAUGAGAAGUGGAUGCUCUAUGACAAUCCUAAACGCAGAAAAUCAUGGCUACACCCGAAGACCUACCUCUCCGCUCCCGUGAUCUUUCCUUUCCCGCCGAGAUCCUGCGGGAUUCUAGGAGCCUCGACUGCCAUUCACAGGAUCGCGGAGAACGGGGAGUUCCUGUCGCGAAUCAUUCCCGACGAGUGCUGUUGGUUCACUGCUCAAUCAAGAUGCGGAGUAUCGAGAAUCACGGACAACCUUGUGAAUUGCACUGCAUUUUUGGACUGUUCUCAUCAUGCACGAGAUAAAGAAUGGUUCUGUCAGAACAAUACGAUGGUCCAUCCGUCGGGGAUGCAAGCUGUACUGCGUCAAAAAGAGAAUUGUAAAUUUACAAGCGAGAGAAACGACGGAAGCUACAUAGUAAUCGGCACCGCCAGCAACGGAAGCCUAAAUAAUCUCGGCGAUGCCACGGACGAUGAAUUUGAUAACGAAUCUAGAAAUCAAAUGACCCUGAAGAUAGAGGAAGGCAACUCAUCGAAACAUUCUAACGUCCCUCUUGCAAGACAAGAUGGAAAUGUUUCAUAA